AUGAGGCUAGAACAAAUCCCUCUCAACCGUAGGUGGACUGGUAAUGACCGGGAGUUAGCCUACCCAGGGGGAGAUGGCAACAUGGAACAGUUCCCCUCAGGCCCUCUGGAUCAGAACAUCGUGGAGAGCCAGGCAGUGCAGCUGGACUACAUCAACUCCACCUACUCCCGUGGCCACUUGAACCCCAGCCUCCACCACAUGAGCCACGACACCCGCUCUUCCACCUUCACCCUCACCAACGUGGUUCCCCAAAAGAAGGGCUCUAAUGAUGGGCCUUGGGAACUUCUGGAGCACAGUGUGAAUCACACCUUAGCCACCUACUGUCUCGGAGAUGCCUACGUCGUGACGGGCAUCAUCCCCUACCGCAAUGACGAGCACUGGCUGAAGAAUCACCGCGUGGCGGUGCCUGAGUAUAUGUGGUCUGCCUACUGCUGUCCAAAGUACAACCAAAGUCUUCCAAAAGAGCUAACCAACGCCUUUCCCACGUACGCGGGCAUCGGACGCAACGACCCCAACAGCAGCGAGGAGAUUGUGCCUGUUGAUAAGACGGUUAAGAAACAAUUCAGGGGAUAUGAUGUGAGAAAUAUGUCCCUGGAAACACUCGAGAUGUACUUGAAGGACAGAUUCAAUACUGUUGUUAGUGUGUUUUAUGAGCAGUGCACCGGAUCAGACCUCACAGAAAAUACAUAAAUGAUACAUAAAUGUUGUUUAUAUACACAUUUCUGUGAGGAGAAUGACACAAAGUGCAAAUAUUAAUGACCACUACUGAAAUGAUUCAUACACAACGCGCUGCCGCUGAGUUCAAGUAUGCACAAAACACUUUAAACCACUAGGUGGUGUCCUUGUGCAAUACAUGUAGCUCCACAUUUCGGCUGAAGUUGUAUAUAUGUAUCAAACUAAUUCUGAUUCUGAUUCACUAAAUAACUAAUAAUGAUCAGUGGUGUAAGAACUACUCAGGUACUAAACAACAAUGCACAUUCCUACCAAAGUAGAGCACAGAUGUUUUGUUAGCCAAAUAUACUUGAAGUAUCAAAGAAAACUUUUCAUAACCUGAUCUAUAACUUCUAUAUCUUUGCCCCAAAGGGAAAAAGUGGCAAUGACUCCAACUCUUACAUGCAACAUCUAUAUUACUACAUAUUAUUCUUUUAUUUUUUACUAUUGAGAAAUUGGAAUGUCCUAAUUUUCCCUUUUGGGUGCAGAAAGUAUAUCCGAUUUAUCUAACAGCACAUAGUAUGUGUUAAUAUGUGCACCUGCAAAUGACAGAAACUAUAAUAAAUCGAUAUAGAAAAGA